CGCGAUCUCGAACGGAGCAGGUGGUUGAUUACUACGUAACCACGCACUACUAACGCGAACCCAAAAGCUCAAACCAGAAGCGCCGUCGAUGACGGACGGUAACCUAUAACAAUAGUGAAUAUAUUUUUUAGUUUUGCGUUUCACGACCCUUUUCAAUUUAAUUUUAUUUAAUUGUUCUGUAAUGGUUCUUGUGUAUGGUUGUUACUUUUAAAGGAAUUGUGUGCAAGGUGUUGUGAAAAUGAGGUGGUUCGGGGGCAACCCCAGCUUACUUAGCUACAUAUCCAUUCUAGUCCUGUGCUAUUGGACUAUUUUGAAUGUUUUCGCCGAUACUAGGAUACCACCCAGCUCAGGAGAUGUAACAGGGGUGGUGUGCCCUCAGGGAAUGUUCCGGUGUCCGGAAGGAAAAUGCAUUCCCUCCAUAUCAGUGUGUAAUUACCAGAAAGACUGUGAAAAAGGCGAAGACGAGUUUCAGACUUGCCCGCCGCCCGACUGUGAACCUGGCCAACUAACAUGUCACCAAUACAUUUGGAAUAAAACGUAUUGCCUUCCACAGCAUCACCGAUGUGAUAUGACUGUCGACUGCAUCGACGGAUCUGACGAGAUUGAAUGCACGUACAGAAAAUGUCAACCAGACGAUUUUCAUUGCGGUUCCAUGGCAUCGGAUCCAUGCAUUCCCAAAGAGAAAAAAUGCGACGGUUACCUGGAUUGUCGUUCCGGUAAAGACGAACAAGGAUGUCCCGGAGUCGCCUGUCAGCUGGACCAAUUCCGUUGCUUGAACGGGCAACGUUGUAUAGAAUCUUCACAAAAGUGCGAUCACAAAAACGAUUGUGGAGACAAUUCUGACGAACAGGGAUGCAAUUUUCCGGUGUGCCAUGGGGUUCAAUUCCGAUGCGCUAAUGCCCUCUGUAUCCCCGGACCAUUCCACUGCGACGGCUAUCAAGAUUGUUCCGACAAUUCCGACGAAGUAAACUGCACGAAAAUCGCGUGUCCUGACAACAAAUUCCUGUGUCCGAGAGGAAGUUCCUCUGGAAAACCAAAAUGCAUACCAAAAACCAAACUUUGCGAUGGCAAGAAAGACUGCGACGAUGGUGCUGAUGAGGAAACAGCAUGUUCUUAUUUGGCAUGUCCGACGCUUGGUUGUGAGUACAAAUGUCAAGCAUCUCUGACCGGUGGUUCUUGCUACUGUCCGGACGGUCGUGUGCUAUCGCCGGACAACCGGACGUGCGCGGACAGAGACGAGUGUUCCGAAUGGGGAUUCUGUGACCAACUUUGCUUAAACACCCCUGGUAGCUAUAGUUGCUCUUGUGCUCCUGGAUAUGUUCUCAAAGACAAAAAUAGGUGUAUAGCUUUGAAUUCUAGUAGUUUAAUGUUGUACUUUGCCCAAGACAAAUCCAUUUACAAGAUGAAACCCUCCGGUAAUCAGGUUCAAAUCGUGGUUAAUACAACGGGAGCGAGUGGUUUGGAUUACCAUUUUGGCAAAAACUUGAUGUUUUGGUCCGACAUUAAAACAAAAAGGAUACAUUCUCAACAACUAACAGGUAAUCCAAUAUUGGGUCAAAGAGAUGUCGAUAUAACUCUACCAGGCACAUGGCAACCUGUUGCUGUGGCUGUCGAUUGGAUAGGUAACAAACUGUACGUUGCUGAUUCGGUUGGUCAAAAAAUCGAUGUUUUUGAGUUGGAAGGUAGAUGGCACGCCAUUGUUUUGGGUUCAAAUUUAACCAACCCCGCCGACAUUGCACUGGAUCCAACUGUUGGUUACAUGUUCAUCGCUGAUAGUUCUCAAGUAGUUAGAGCCAACAUGGACGGUACUAAUACAGUAUCGGUAGUUUCCGAAGCGGCCUAUAAAGCCUCUGGUAUAGCUUUGGAUAUUGUCGCCAAGAGAGUGUAUUGGUGCGAUUCUUUAUUGGAUUACAUCGAAACCGUCGAUUACUUCGGCAGAAACAGAUUCCUGGUUGUUAGAGGGCAAUCCGUACCAAGCCCUGCCAGACUGGCUCUAUUCGAAAGUCGUGUGUAUUGGACAGACGGCACUAAGCAAGGCGUUAUGUCAGUUGAUAAAUUUGAAAGCAGCAGUAUACAAUCUAUCUAUAGAAUGAGGGAUAUAAGAGACCCGAGAGCUAUUAAAGCUGUGCAUCCAUUAAUGCAACCUUCUUCCAAUAACCCAUGCGAUCAUAAUAAUGGAAAUUGUCAACACAUGUGUAUAAUAACCCAUACGAAUCCCGGUGUAGGUUUUAGAUGUGCCUGUAAUAUCGGAUUUAGAUUGACUUCAGACGAAAGAAACUGUGAUUUGGUCACGGAGUUCCUAAUGUAUUCUCAACAAAGAUUUAUCAAAGGAAAAGUGCUUGAUCCUGUAAUCGAAGGAUUCAGUGAUGCUAUGUUGCCGGUGGUUUCGAGACGUGCUAGAUUUGUAGGUUUGGAUUUCGAUGCUAAAGAUCAAUACAUCUAUUACUCCGACGUACUCCAAGAUGUCAUCCACAGAGUUCACAGGAAUGGCAGUGCUAAAGAAAUAGUUCUCGCAUCGCAAAACGAAGGUGUGGAAGGUUUGGCAGUGGACUGGGCUUCUAAGAACUUGUACUACAUUGACAGCAGGAAAGGAACACUCAACGUACUUUCUACAAGGAAUGUCACAUACCGUAGAACAUUAUUAAAGAAUCUAAAACGACCAAGAGCUAUUGUAGUUCAUCCAAAUAAAGGUUACAUAUUUUUCUCUGAGUGGGACAGGCCAGCGAAUAUUUCUAGAUCGUUCAGCGAUGGUACCAACUUAACGGUUUUCAAAAAUCUCACUUUAGGUUGGCCCAAUGGCUUAUCGAUUGAUUUUGAUGCUGACAGACUUUACUGGUGUGACGCUUUGUUGGAUCACGUUCAACAUUCGAACUUGGAUGGUACUGACGUGAAAACUGUAAAUUCGAGAUUGAUUCGCCAUCCAUUUAGCAUCGUUAUUCACAAAGACUUCAUGUACAUCACAGACUGGAGGUUGGACGCCAUAAUAAAACUGCAUAAACUCAAUGGUGACAUGGAGGAAGUAUUAGUUAAAGAACACCAAACCAACCGGUUGUACGGUGUUAAGAUUUACAGUGAAUACGAACAGAGAAUAGAUAGAGAUCAUCCGUGCUGGAACAAUAAUGGAAAUUGCCAAAAAUUGUGUUUCGCCAUUCCGAAUAGGGAUAAUAGGUAUAUUGCUAAAUGUGGAUGUCCAUACGGGGAAAGAUUAAUGGCGGACGAAAAGACUUGUCAGGCAGAUCCCAACCAUGAGCCACCUGUACAGGCGUGUCCAAAUAGCUGGGAUUUUACUUGUAACAACCAAAGAUGUAUACCGAAAUCUUGGGUAUGUGAUGGUGAUGAUGAUUGUUUGGAUAACAGUGAUGAAGAACAAAAUUGUACCAAACCUACAUGUAGCGCCAACGAGUUUCAAUGCAAAUCAGGACGAUGCAUUCCUCUUACUUUCAAAUGCGAUGCUGAAAACGAUUGUGGUGAUUUUAGUGAUGAAACAGGCUGUGUUAACGUUACGUGCAGUACCACACAGUUCCACUGUGAUAAUGGACGUUGUAUACCAAAUAGCUGGAAGUGCGAUUCAGAAAACGACUGCGGAGACGGCUCCGACGAAGGCGACAGCUGCGCAGAGAAAACCUGCGCGUACUACCAGUUUACGUGUCCGCGCACAGGCCACUGUAUUCCUCAAAACUGGGUGUGCGACGGUGACGACGAUUGCUUCGAUAAACAAGAUGAACAAGACUGUCCACCAAUCACUUGCCAACCAAAUCAGUUCAAGUGCGCGGAUCUUAGACAGUGCGUGCAGGAGAGUUACAAGUGCGACGGUAUACCCGAUUGUAACGAUGGAAGUGACGAACUUGGUUGUCCGUCAAUUGCCCCAGAUCAAUGUAAUGUAGAGAAGCAAUUCCAGUGCCAAAUGUCAGGCAUUUGUAUUCCAAAAGCUUGGCAUUGUGAUGGAACCCCCGACUGCGAUGAUGGUUCCGAUGAACCUGAUUCUUGUGGUACCAUUGAUUGCCCCACGAACUUCUAUAAAUGCAACGACACUCAAUGCAUUUUCAAAGCUUACAUUUGCGAUGGCAAAAGGGACUGCGCCGACGGUUCCGAUGAAAGUUACAUUCACGCGUGCGUUAAACCGCCGUUUAGGUGUCCAUCCGGACAAUGGCAGUGUCCGGGAGUGAGCGAAAGAUGCGUAAACAUGACGCAAGUGUGCGAUAAAAAACCUGACUGUCCCAACGGAGCUGACGAAGGUCCUGGAUGCGACUUAGCCGAAUGCCAGCAUCAAGCCGGUUUAUGUUCGAAUAAUUGCAAAGAAACACCACAAGGAUCUCUUUGUCUAUGCCCGGCAGGUGAAACUUUGAUGAAGGAUGGACUUAAUUGUGAGGAUCUUAACGAAUGUGACCCACCUGGUCUUUGUUCGCAGAACUGUCACAAUACCAAAGGAUCGUACUUCUGUAGUUGCGUUGAUGGAUACAUUCUGGAACCAAACAAACAUUCUUGUAAAGCGUAUAAUCAUUCUUCUGCCUUCUUGAUUAUCUCUAACAGGCAUUCGAUUUUGGUUGCCGAUCUAAAAGACCAAGGGUUGGAAAGAGUGCCGAUAAUAGUGGAAAACGUUGUAGCAACUGCCAGUAACAUGCAUACUGGAACCAUAUUCUGGUCAGACAUGAAACUAAAGAAAAUUUCCAAGUUGGAUAGAGGAAGCGAACCAGUUGAAAUUAUUUCUAACGGUUUAGACUUGGUGGAAGGUUUGGCUUAUGAUUGGAUCGGUGAAAAUAUCUAUUGGUUGGACUCCAAGUUAAACACUAUUGAAGUAUCCAAGGAAAAUGGUUCUAAUAGAAUUGUUUUGGUUAAGGAUAAUAUCACACAACCCAGAGGAAUGUGUUUGGAUCCAAGCCCAGGGACUAGGUGGCUUUUCUGGACAGAUUGGGGAGAAAAUCCUCGCAUCGAACGUAUUGGAAUGGACGGAACAAACAGAUCCACAAUUAUCAAUACUAAAAUCUACUGGCCAAACGGUUUAACUUUAGACACAACAACUCAAAGGGUGUACUUCGCAGAUUCUAAGCUUGAUUUCAUUGAUUUCUGCUACUACAACGGUACUGGAAGACAACAAGUACUUGCUGGAAGUCACUACUUACUGCACCCGCAUUCCUUGACUCUCUUUGAGGACACCCUAUACUGGACUGAUCGGCAGUUGAAUAGGGUUUUAUCUGCUCAUAAAUUCAAAGGCAACAAUCAAACAGUAGUUUCCCACUUGAUAUCGCAACCGUUGAGCAUUCACGUACAUCAUCCUUCCCUGCAACCUAUCACGCAGAAUCCUUGUCUGAACGCACCUUGUCAACAUAUUUGUCUUUUGUCGCCGAGCUCUUCGACUGGAUACACAUGUAAAUGCAAGGCUGGCUUUAAAAUUACACCGGAAGGAAAAUGUAACGAGGAAGAUACCGCUUUCCUUAUGGUAAUGCGUGGAACGCAAAUCAUAGAUGUGCCCAUAAAUCCUGGCGAUAACUCUGCAGGUUUCUUAACGCCAAUCGUGGGCAUUGAACAUGGUGUGCAAAUCGAUUUUGAUAGGAAGAAUAACGCUAUAUUCUGGGUUGAAAGCAAGGAUGACCAAGAAGAAAAUUGUACUGUAUGGAGCAUACCUUAUGGAGGAGGUAACAAAUCUCAGAUAUUCGGUCAAGACACAGGAAUCGUUGGAUCACCAUCUGCUAUUGCAUUUGAUUGGUUGGGUAGAAACUUGUUUAUCGGAAACCGAUUGGCCAGCAACUUGGAAGUAAUUCGUGUUGAUGGCAAAAUAAAGCAUAGAAAAAUCAUUUUGGCCAAUGAUGGUAACGCAACAUCUGUAGCAAAACCCAGAGCACUUUGCUUAGAUCCUACCGAUGGUAAAGUGUAUUGGACUGACGAAGGCGGAUAUGGUGUUCCACAAAAAAUUGGAAAAGUGAACAUGGAUGGUAGUAAUCCUAUGGUGCUUGUGGAUAACGUUGAAAAACCCGAUGCUUUAACUAUCGAUAUAGAUACGAAAACGUUGUACUAUAGCACACAAUUCCCAGCCUUGGUAGUUGCAGUUGAUGUUUUUGGUAAGAAACGCCAAACCAUACUCUCAGAAGAAAAUUACAUUUCAAAUCCAAAAGCCAUAUCUGUUAUGGGUAGUAGAUUAUUCUACUUGGACCCACACUACGAAAAACUCGUGCAAGUUGCCUUACCAGGUGGUAAUAAUCCAAGAAUUAUCAUGGAGAACGAGCCAGAUCUAAAAACGUUUACUAUAUUCAAGAAACGCCAACUUGUUGAUCAUCCCUGCCUAAUAAACAAUGGUGGAUGCGAGCAGCUUUGCUUACCAGCUGAAGGAAAAUCAAGAACUUGUGCUUGCGGUAUUGCUUACAAAAAAGACGAAAAUGGCUGCACGCCAUUCAAGAGUUUUGCAGUGGUCACUCAACUAGACAUGACUAGAGGCUUUGGCCUUAAAGACAGUUCGGAAGCUAUGGUUCCUAUUAGUGGAGUUGGUCAUCAUAUUCUUCACGUGGAUGUACACUUUGCCAAUAACUGGAUUUACUGGGUAGAAUUCAACCGUGGUUUCUGGAACGGUAUAUUCAGAAUAAGGCCUAAUGGUUCAGAGUUACAACAUAUCAUUAAGGAUGGCAUUGGCAGCAAUGGCAUUAGAGGUAUUACAAUUGAUUGGAUAGCCGGUAAUAUGUACUUUACCAACGUGUUCCCGCAUGAAAACUACGUGGAAGUUUGUUGGUUGGAUGGUACGAACCGAAAGGUUUUGGUGAAAACCACUACUGAUGCACCAAGAGAACUAGCAGUGAAUCCCAUCAAGAGAAUACUUUACUGGAUUGACUAUGGGCAGUAUCCAAGAAUAGGUAGAGCCAAUCUGGAUGGUUCCAGCUGGUUAACGGUUGUUACUUCCGGUAUAAGCAACCCCAGGGAUUUGACAAUCGAUAUGAAUACUCAUGAUGUGUAUUGGUGCGACUCCAAGCUGGAUAUGAUACAAAGAAUAUCUUACAGCGGCGGAAAUAGACAAAUCAUCAGAAGAAAUCUACCAAACACGAUGGGUAUUGCUGUACAUAAAAGCGAUGUGUACUGGGUAGACAGAAAUCUUAAAGCUGUGUUUAAAGCAUCAAAACAACCCGGUAACUUAACCCUACCAACUAGAGUAAGAAAUAAUCUUGAGAAACUAAGAGAUAUUGUCAUCUUUGAUGUGACAAAUCAACCUUUGGACGAUACAAACCCUUGUAAAAAAUACGGUAAUGGCGGUUGUGAACAAUUGUGCUUCUCAUUCCCGCAAGACAUUAACAAUGUUCAAAGAAAACUAUUUAAGUGCGACUGCGCCAAUGGCAAAUUAGCAGCCGAUGAAAAGAAAUGCGAAUAUGUAAAUGAAUAUAUCGCUUUUACGACAAGAACUGAAGUUAGGGGCAUCAAUUUAGAUCCACACUCAACAAAUAUUCCGUUUAACCCAAUAGGCAACCUAACCAAUGUUGUUGGUAUUGACUUUGAUUACAAGCACCAGACAUUAUUGUUUACUCAAAUAAGACCAUGGGCUAGAAUUGCAAAAAUGUCAGCUACAAAACCAAACUCCAAAGACAUAAGCAAUAUAAUCAAUAAAGGUAUUAAUCCAGAAGGUAUUGCCUAUGAUUGGACACAACAAAAGAUAUACUGGACCGAUUCAUCCAAUCACAGCAUUUACGCUAUGAAUCUAGACGGUAGUAGUUUGGUGAUGAUUGCGAGAGUGGAAAGGCCAAGAGCUAUAGUAAUAGAUCCGUGCAAUGGAACUCUGUUUUUCACUGAUUGGGGUAAAUUUGGAACCAGCGGCAAAAUAUUUAGAACCACGAUGGCAGGAUCGUUAAAAAGAGUGAUCAUUGACAAGAAUCUAGCUCAGCCCUCUGGUUUAGCCAUAGAUUUCGACGAUCAAAUGCUUUACUGGACCGAUGCUGUAAGAGAAAAAAUAGAAAGAUCCGACUUGAAUGGUAGAAAUCGAGAAGUACUUGUAUCGGCUACAAUUUAUCCAUUCUCUAUUACUGUAUUUGGAGACUACAUUUACUGGACAGACUUACAGUUGCGCGGUGUUUACAGAGCGGAAAAACACACUGGCGCUAACAUGAUAGAAAUGGUCAAGAGGUUGGAAGAUAGUCCUAGGGACAUACAAGUGUACUCGGACAAAAGACAACUAUGUUCAGUUAAUCCAUGCAAGAUAAAUAAUGGUGGGUGUGCACAAAGUUGUCAUCCGGGACCUAACGGAACCGCUGAAUGUAAAUGCGAUGAUAACACUAAAAUAGUGAACGAAGGUAGAAUGUGCGUUGCCAAGAAUUUGAGCUGUGAUUCCAGUAAAUUCUACUGUGCUAACGGUAGAUGUAUUUCGAGAAUGUGGGCUUGUGAUGGUGAAGAUGAUUGUGGAGAUAAUAGCGAUGAAGACACCAACUAUUGCUCUUUCCAUUCCUGUUCUCCCAAUGAAUUUAGAUGCGCCAAUGGCCGUUGUAUCUUCAAAUCAUGGAAGUGUGACCACGAGAACGAUUGCAAAGAUGGAUCAGACGAAAAAGAUUGUCAAUAUCCUCCUUGUGCUGCCGGAGAAUUCACAUGCAAUAAUCACAGAUGUAUCCCAAUGGCUCAGGUUUGCAACGGUGUGAAUGACUGUAAGGAUAACAUUACUUCCGACGAAACCCACGAGAGAUGUCCGCAGAAUACAACAUGUUCACCAAAUCACCUGAAAUGCGAGAAAACUAACAUCUGCGUUGAGCCCUACUGGCUUUGCGAUGGUGACAACGAUUGUGGUGACAACUCCGACGAAAAUCCCAUUCAUUGCGCGCAAAGAACGUGUCCACAAAAUAGCUUCAGGUGUUCCAAUCACCGUUGCAUCCCGGCAACGUGGUAUUGCGAUGGUGACGAUGACUGUGGUGAUGGAGCCGACGAACCUCCAGAGUACUGCAAGAGCGACGGAAGAACCUGCUUUGGUGAUUUAUUUACUUGUGAUAAUGGCAAUUGUGUUCCUAGAAUUUAUAUUUGCGAUGGUGAUAACGAUUGUCUGGAUAACAGUGAUGAAGACAGCAGACAUGAAUGCAACGACAGAAAAUGUGAUGAAGAAACAGAAUUCACUUGUGACGCUAACAAGGCCUGGGGUAGAGCUCAGUGCAUUCCAAAGAAAUGGUUAUGCGAUGGGGAUCCGGAUUGCGUGGAUGGUGCCGAUGAGAACGCCACCUUACAUCAUUGUUCCAAACCUCAACCGUGCAGCGAAGAACAAUUUACUUGCGGAAACGGAAGGUGUAUUAAUAGAGGUUGGCUGUGCGACCACGAUAACGAUUGUGGUGACGGCACUGACGAAGGCAAAGAAUGUAACAGCAAAUAUAAGACCUGUUCUUCCAAUGAGUUUACCUGUCAAAACUUUAAAUGCAUCAGAAACCAAUACAGGUGCGAUGGAGAGGAUGAUUGCGGUGAUCAUUCUGACGAAGUUAACUGCAAAAAAGAUAAUACUACCUGCGCGGUACCCGGUCAAUUUAGAUGUAACAACGGCCAAUGCAUCGACUAUCAGUUGGUGUGCAACAAGGUUUCUGACUGUACCGAUGAAUCCGAUGAACCAUUGCAUUGUAACGUUGACGAAUGCGCUAAAGUGGAAAUUCAUCAGUGUGGACAUAAGUGUGUUGACACUCUUACUAGCUUCUACUGUGAAUGUAAUCAAGGAUACAAGUUACUCGAAGACGGUAAAGCCUGUGCAGAUAUAGACGAAUGUAUAGAAACUCCCGGAGUUUGCUCCCAAUACUGUUCCAACACUCCUGGCAGUUACUACUGUAAAUGUAACGACCAGUACUAUGAAAGAGAAGCUGAUGAGCAUACAUGCAAACGUAAAGAUCAUGUCGCUCCUUGGAUAGUAUUCACCAACAAAUACUACAUUAGGAACAUGUCAAUUGAUGCGGGCGUAUACAAUUUAGUGCACCAAGAUUUAAUGAACGUUGUAGCUUUGGAUUUCGAUAUGUUUGGUCAAAAAAUGUAUUUCUGCGACGUAACAGCUAAAACUAUAUUUAGAUCGGCCAUUGGAGGAGGUGACAAAGAACCAGUGAUAAGACACGACUCUCAUGGUUUAGAAGGAAUCUCUAUAGACUGGGUCGCAAGGAAACUAUACUGGCUUGAUAGACAUUCAAAGAAUUUGGAUGUCAGCGAACUAGAUGGUACAAAUCGCAAAACUUUGAAGACCAGCAUUCAAGACCCUCGCGCUUUAGUAGUACAUCCAGGCACUGGUUACUUGUACUUUACCUCAUGGCAUUUGCAAGCCUACGUUGGAAAAUUGGGAAUGGAUGGUUCAAACUUCACCAGAAUUUUAACAUGGGAGAAUGAUAUCGCUUGGCCAAACGCUUUGACAAUCGAUUUCUUCACUGACCGCCUCUACUACGCUGAUGCUCAUUUGGACUACAUUGCUUCAGUGGACAUGGAGGGCCGCCAUAGACACGUCGUUAUUUCCGGAUCAGCCGUGCCUCAUGUGUUCGCUCUUUCUCUAUUCGACGACUUCGUUUACUGGACCGAUUGGAACCUUAAGGCUAUAAGCAGAGCCAACAAAUACACCGGAAAGGACCUGAAGGUUCUGCGCAACACCACGCAUAAACCCUACGACAUCCACGUGUUCCAUCCUCUCAGGCAACUUCCAUACACGAACCCGUGCGGUGCUAACAACGGCGGAUGUUCGCAUUUGUGUUUGAUCGCUCCACCGCCAGCUUCAAGUUAUUUGAACAUCGAGGGUUACGGCGAAGAAGGAGUAACUUCUUAUAAAUGCGCGUGUCCGAAUCAAUUCGCACUUGCGCCGGACAGCAAGACUUGCAUUGCGAACUGUACCGAUGGACAAUGGCAAUGUAAAGGGAAUGACGAGAAGUGCAUACCUUGGUUCUGGAAAUGUGAUGGAGAAAAGGAUUGCAGAGACGGUUCGGACGAGGCAGAUACUUGUCCACCACGUCAGUGUCGUGCUGGAACCUACCAGUGCGAAAAUGGAAACUGUACUCCUUCAGCAACUAUUUGUGACGGUACUGAUGAUUGCGGCGAUGGUUCCGACGAACAAAACUGCGCCAAAGAUUGUCCGGAAUUGGAAUUUAAAUGCAAAUCCAACGGAAGAUGCAUAUUGAACAGUUGGAAGUGUGACGGCGACGCGGAUUGCAAGGAUGGAUCGGAUGAAGAUCCGGCCAUAUGUCAUAAACGAGAAUGCGAUCCAGAUACGGAAUUCGCCUGUAAAAACGGAAAAUGCAUUCCUAAGCUGUGGCAGUGCGAUUUUGAUAACGAUUGCGGCGAUGACUCCGACGAACCAGCCUACAUUUGCAGGCAAAAGAAUUGUACGACUGGUUGGCAGAGGUGUCCGGGUAGAGCGAACUACCGUUGUAUUCCGAAAUGGUUGUUCUGCGAUGGCAAAGAUGAUUGUCGCGAUAGUUCCGAUGAACUGCCAGAGAACUGCCCGGCUUGUAAUCCAGAAACUGACUUUAAAUGUAACAACAACAGGUGCGUACCCAGACAGUGGAAGUGCGAUUUCUCCGAUGAUUGUGGCGAUGGAUCGGACGAAACCAAAGAACUUUGCCAGGGAGGCUUCAGGGAGUGUUCGGAGAGCGAGUUCCGCUGUGGCAACGGAAAAUGCAUUUCAUCGAGGUGGAGGUGUGAUCACGAAGACGAUUGCGGAGAUAAUACCGACGAAGAUGGUUGCAAUGGCUUCCAAUGCAAGAACGGAACAUUCCAAUGCGCUUCAGGCCAUUGCAUUGCCUCGUACUUCAGGUGCGAUGGAGACAGGGAUUGCAGAGAUAUGUCCGAUGAGAAGAAUUGCCCGCCACGUUAUCCAGGAGGAAGAUAUUGUCCUGAAUCCAAAUUCCAAUGUGACAACCACUUGUGUAUUAGCCAAGGAGAUCUUUGCGACGGUACCGACGAUUGUGGAGACAACUCGGAUGAAUCCCCAGCGUUGUGCACCAACUUUAACUGCGACACUCUCAAGAGAUACCAAUGCAACAACCACAAAUGCAUACCGAAAUAUCAAUUGUGUGACGGUAUUGACAAUUGCGGCGAUGGUUCGGAUGAAAACAAUAUAACGCUGUGCACCACAAAGAUGAAACCUUGCGAUGUUUUCAACGAAUACAAAUGCGCCAACAAGAAGUGCAUCGACAAAAAACAAGUCUGCGAUUUCGCGGAUGAUUGCGGUGAUAGUUCUGACGAGUUGGGCUGUCAUCAUAACAACGCUUGCACUGGAAUUGACCAAGGAGGAUGCGAACAUCAUUGCAUGAACCUUACCGAUGGCGGUUAUAUUUGUGACUGUUUCUCAGGAUUCAUUAUUUCAAAGGAUAACAGGAAAGUUUGUUUGGAUGUGGAUGAGUGCGCUACAGGAGAACACCAUUGCUCGCAAAUUUGUACGAACUUGAAUGGAACAUACUCUUGUUCUUGCAGAGAAGGUUUUAGAUUAUCUGACAACUUAUCAGGUGUCUGCAGAGCUAUUGAAGAAGAAGCUACACUGCUGUUCGCAAAUGGGCCAGAAAUCAGAUCGUAUGACAUUAAAGAACGGGAAGAGUCAAACGUAAUAAGCGAAGAAAAGAGAAUCGAAGCUAUCGAUUAUAAUCCUAGAUCGCAAAUGAUCUUCUGGGCCGACAGUUAUGAUAAGACAAUUAAGAGAUCGUUUAUGGUAAACGCUAAUAAUGGAGAAGUUAAAACCGGUUACGCUCAGGAUUUGGAAAUGAAGGGCAAUUCCAAACCUACAGCUUUGGCUGUGGAUUGGGUGGCAAAUAAUUUGUAUUGGACGGAAUCUGACAGAGCUGGAUCCAAACCAAAAGGCAGAGUAAUGGUGGCCAAGACUGAUGGUAGAUACAGGAGAGCUGUAGUAAACGUUGGACUAGAAAAUCCAACGUCUCUUGUAGUUGAUCCGCAGCUAGGUAGAAUGUUCUGGACAGACGCUGGUUCCGCACCCAAAAUAGAAGUAUCUUGGAUGGACGGUUCCAAACGUAGACCAUUAAUUACCGAUGAAAUUAGACAUCCAACUGGAUUGGCCAUUGAUUACGAUAUGGACCAUACUUUAUAUUGGGUUGAUACCAAGUUAAAUAACAUUGAAACCAUGAAAUACGACGGUACCAACAGAAAAACGGUGCUAAGAGGUGAACAAUUGAGACAUCCCAUUUCGUUGGACGUUUUUGAAUCUAGUUUGUACUGGAUUACGAAAGAUACAGGGGAACUAGUGAGACAAGAUAAGUUUGGACGUGGAGUUCACUUCACUGUUCAAAGAGAUUUGUUGAAUCCAUCAGCCAUUAAAGUUUACCAUCAUCUUCGCUACAACACCUCAAUCUCCAACCCAUGCGGUUCAUCUAGCUGCUCUCACUUAUGUCUGUUAGUUCCUAACGGUCACCGAUGUUCCUGCCCAGACACCUCGUCGCCAUCCUCGUUGGCCACCGCCUACAAAACAAAAGCGGAGAUCACGUGCGACGCGCCGGCCGAACGCGAACGACCAGAGCCGAAACGUUGUCCGUGUCAAAACGGCGGUUUGUGUCGCGAAGGUGACACUGGCGACUUGAUGUGCGAGUGCCUGGAAGAGUUCAAGGGUGUACAUUGCGAGAUUCAAACCGCACAUAAUCGACAAGGAGGCGGCGGAAACGUAACCGCCAUCGUGGUCCCUAUUGUCGUUAUUCUACUUAUUAUUGGAGCUGCCGCUGGAGUGUGGGUAUUCUUGAGAAAAAGACCAUUUGGUAAAUCUGGUUUGGGCAGCUUGGCAAGUAGCCAGAGCGUUUCCUUCAGACAGGGAACGAACGUCGAGUUCGGGCCAAAUUCGUUCAAUGCGAACGGCAGCGGUGCUGGUGGCGAACCGCUAGAUGUCGCAUACAGUCUAGACCCACUGGACAACAAGAGUCGCGACUUUACUAACCGAUUGUACGACGCUGUGCAAAACAAUCCCGAAGCGGUCGGCAACGGAAGUUCAGCGCUUUACGAAGUGCCAGCAGAAGUGGGAAAGUCGAAGGGCGAGACGUUCACUGAGCCUCCAAGCGCGGUGAUAGCGCCAUCUAGCGUGACGCAUCGCUCAUCGCCGCAGGUGCAAGUGAAACACCGCGAGUUGGAUCCAGCCGCGUCCGACACAGGCAAAGACACCCAGAAACUCGUUGAAGAAGACUGCUGAUAUCAAAUCAAUAAAUCCUUUGUUUCGAUUUUGUUUGAUGGUAUUUUUACAACAGUGAAUAAUGAACUUUUUUAAUGAUUCACGGAAAACUUAGUCAAUGAUAAUUUAUUCAACAGCGAACAAAAAAUUUACGUAUUUAAGUUAAGCACAAAAUUAUAUUCUGCUAAGUGAAUUUAUGGACUUUUUUUGGAUUUUAUUUAAGUUUAAAGUGUAGAUAUAAAAAUAUUUUUAUAUUGUGGGAUAGGUGAAUGUCACGCUCGUUUAAAUAAACUGGCUCAAUUUUCUCAAUAUGUAUAAUGUAUAGAAGUGCCAUCAACAUCCAAUAAAAUGAAGUUGAAAUAAUUGUGCUAGUUUUGUUGAAGGAAUUUGUAUGCCAAAACAAACGUUAAUCAUGUGCAACUAAAGAAUCUUCCAUUUUUUUAAAACCAAUUACAACUGUAAAUAUAGGGUGUAAUGUAAUAUAAAUUUGUUAGUAUUAUUAAGUUUCAGUUAGAUAAUUUUUAUAACUACCCUCCAUUUCUAUAUCAUUCCAUUACGUUUUGAACAAGAAAGAAAUACACUAUUUAAACAGUGCACUUUCUAAAUACAUAAACACUUUACUAAUUUUCACAAAAUAAUGGCCAAUUAACAAUAAAACAUUGCAAACUAAAAUUAAAGGUGCUGAAGUUAGCAAAUCAAUUCUUAUGUUUCUUUCCUUUGUUCAAAGUAAAAAGUUUACACCGUCCAAUUGUUAUUAUAACAAUGAUAUGCAUAUUUUUAAAUCUAUAUCAAACUUCAGUAUACAUUAAAGUAUUGUUUUAAUUAGUUUAAAAUUUUAUUAAAUUGUUAUUUAGUUCAUAUGAGUUUAUGUUAAACAACUGUUAAAUAAUGGGUUUGUUGCAAUUAUGGAAGAAUGUCAAUGUUCAUAUUGACUAGAUUAGAAGAUCUUUUUAAGGACUGUACUUAGAACCAUUUGGCACCAACCAUAGUUUAAACAAACUUAAAUUUUAUUCUAUUAUUCAUAACCUUGUACAUAUUCUGGGAACAAAAAAUGUCUGUUUUAAAAUAAAUAAUAUAGAGGUUGUUUAUAUAAAAACUGUAGUUUAUUUUACGCCACAUUUCCUUAACUAAUUAAAUAAAACAGUUAUUAUGACUAGGAAACUAACAAACAAAUGUUUAAAUAAUGUUUUAAAUAUAAUCUUUAUGUUAAAACUUAGAGUAAAGAGUCAAGAGAUGGAGCAUACGUUUGAAUGUAACCCACCACAAGUAUGCAUGGAUUUCUGUCAAUUUUUUUAAAUGAUAUCUUCAAAAAAAUUAUUUUUAAAACAUAUUGACUUUAAAAUAAAUUGCAAUGACUGGUAAAUGCUCAGAUAUAAAUACUUAUAAAUAGUUUAUUUAUUUUGACUUUUACAAAUUUGAUUAUGUUGUAGACUACAACUUGUAGUCAUUAAAAUGUUUUAUAAGAUUGGUAUUCUUAUUUCAAAUAAUUUUAAAUAAUUAUCUUGAAAUUGUAUAAACAAUAUAACAAUUUGCGAUUUUAUGUAGGGGGCUGUCCAUAAAUGAUGUCACACUUUUUAAAUAUUUUUGACCCCCCCCUCGCCCUUGGCGUCACGUCACACUGAUUUUGUAUCAAUAUUUAUUGGUUACAAUAAUUAUUUUUCUGAAAAUACAAAAUAUGUAAAUUUGAUGGUAACUAAAAAGUAUCAAUUUUUGACCAAAAAGCUGUCCCCAGAAAAAAAUCUGGCUACAUUUAGUACAUUUUUUAGUAAGUUGUUAGCACAUUUGUAAAAUUAGGGGGUCUUCAUAAGUUACAAAGAAUAAAAUAUACUUUAAUACAAUGCCGCACAAGAGGACGUGAUUUAUUUAUAAACAUUACAUUUUAGGACUAAAUUAACAAUAUUAUCACCUGGUGAUUAUUGUUGCCAAUUUAGCCCUAAAAUAUAAUGUUUAUAAAUGAGGAGGUGCAUUCCAAAACCCGGCUUAUCCAUAUUAGUUGUUUUUGAGCAAAAUGUCAAAAACCUUAAACGUGAGUACUAACGCAUAUCUGGCCAACACAAUACUUUAAACGAAAUAUUUAGGCAUAAGUAAAACAUGUAUAUACCUUGAUUAAAAAGGUAUAGCUCCAAAUUAAAAUAAUUUAAAAUUACAUACGUAUAUGCUAACUUCUGCAGGAUAUAACCAAUAGAUAAGGCAAGUUUUAAAACGAUAGUCAAUUUGUAAAUGAAUUUUAAAUGGAAUAAGGUGAGUUUUAGAAUAUUAUGAACUUUUCAGGGUAUAGGGGGAUACAUGUUAAAUGUACAGAUAGGAUAAGCCGAGUUUUGGAAUGGACCUCCUCAAAUAUUCGUAUCUUCUGCAAAUAAUUUUGUCAUACAAGUAGCUAAAAAUUUGACAGUAUUUUUUUAACUAACCCAUACGUUUAUGCAAAUAUGGUUUUGAAGUCUUUCACAGGUGGCUAUGACGGAUUUUAAUAACAAAAUGAAAAUUAAAUAUAAAUUGAAAAAAUAGUUUAGAUAUAAUAUAAAAUAGCGGUGAAGAGAAUGUUUCCAUCGCGGAGAUUAUACGAGCAGAGGCAGAAAUCUUCAGAAGUUUUACAGCCUCAAUUAAAAAUCACCAAGGCCCGAUUUAUAAAAAUAAUAAAUAGAAUUCUUGAAAACCAUUUAAUCAACAGGUAUGAAGCCCGUAAUAUGUUGUUUGAUCAUUUAUUUUAAAUUAUAUUUUGUAAAAUGUUAAUUUUAUAUUUUCGUUUGUUUCUUAGUUAUAUAUAUAAAGUGCUCUUUUUUAGUUCCACCCUUACAUCCAAACUAAGAUGUCCCAUAAGCCAACUGAAUGGCUUGUGCGGGUUAAGGGUAGGAACGGACCGACGGCUUAAAGUCCCCUCCGAAGGACUAUAUAUAUAUAUAUUUUUUCGGGACUGAUUCCUGCAUUAGUUACCUUGAUCCCGAAAGUUCCGGGAUUGGAAAAAUGGCUCGGAAUUGACACCAGUAGUACCCAGGGCUGGAUGCUCCGGCGGACGAGUUUUGGUUCGUGCCGCGCAUGACGUCACUUGAUGAGUAGUUGCCGUGCGAAUACAUAAAUAAUAGUAAUAUUAUCAAAGAAAAUAGAGAAAUAUCUGGACAUAGUGCGUUUUUAUUAAACUUAAUAUUAAAGAAAGUAUUAUAAUAUGGAUAAUAGAUGCUUUCAGUUCUUGAUGACAUUUAGGGCUGUGGUUUAAGCGUUGGUGUUUUAAAUUAAACUUAUACCUAGUCACUGUCCAGAAAAUGUUCAUAGGAAAAAGAAGCGGUCUUAACGUUAAUAUUGUCUUUUUUUUUGUGGCAUUUAACCACUGUUUGCACAAUUCAAAGUUUUUAGGGAAUCGAUGAAAUUUAAUGUGUUUAUUUAAAGGGUGGACUGGUUGUCCGAAUUGUAUCCAAAUAUGCCUCACCGCAUUUUAAUAAAUGCAAAUGGCACGACACAAACUAAAACAUAAACAAAACAAGUUAACGCAACACAAAAAAAUAAUAAACAAACGGAACAGGUUAACUCAACGCAAUAAGAAUAAUUUGAACACUAAAAAGUAAUUCGAACCUUACCGAACGCAAAAACAACAAGUUAAACAAAAAAAUAGAGCAAGUUAACAUCCAACAGCAUCGCAAAAACAAGAAUUUUAGCAGCAUAUAAAUAAAACGCACGUUAAAGAUUUAAAAACACUCAUCAAGUGACGUAUUAUAGCCCCGCCCAACAUGCGCACCAUCCUAUCUUAAGGUGUAUGUAUCUUGAGUAGUACCCAAUGUAUUUAAAAAUUAUAUUCUAGAAUAUUUUUUUUAAUUUUCGACGACCCCCUCCACCCGAAAGUGUGUCAUUUAUGGACGGACCCCAAUGUUAACUUUGUUGUAUUUUGAAGUUUACGUUGGCAUGCGCAAGUCAUCGUGGGAGGGACUAACCAGUCCAUUGUUGCUACAUUGCAAUACAAUUCAAUCUUUAUUCACAUCACAAAAACUACAUAAAUAAGAUUUGUGAGUAAAGAAAUAUGUGUUUAUUUAUAAUAAAAGAACAUUUUUAGUACAACAAUGCAAUAUUUUAAAAUUGAAAUUAAAAAAAAAAGUUGUGGAGGCGCCGAGGGUAUCGAUUCCGGAACGUCUCGCAUGCUAAGCGCUCGGGCACUAAAAAGCCCGCCUGAGCUACUUAUAAAACCUUACUAUUAUGUUUUGCUUAAUAUAAAAACGUUCGGGCAUUCAACUUCAUUAAACUACAACCCAACCCAAGCCCGCCUGAGCUACUUUAAACCUUACUAAUAUGUAUAGUUUAUUAUAAAAAUGCUUGGGCAUUAUUAUUAUUAUUAUUAUUAUUAUUAAUAUGGCAACAAGGGACUAAUUAGUCCCUCCCACAAAGCUUAAACGACAUUUAAGCGGAAUACAUACUUUCAGUUGGCGUUGGCGCUCACAGUUUAAUAAAAUCGAAGGCUUGUCAAUGCUGGGAACAACAGCAUGGGCGAUCACAUACUUCCUUUUAUGGAAGUAUGUGGCUACGAAUGCCAACCGAAAGUUUAUGAAUACGAUUAAUUGAAUCUACCAAACCUCCAAAUUGUUGACAUUUUAAAAGUCUAAAUAAAUAACGAACUGAUACCAUAGAAAAAGUAAAUGUUUUAUUAUAAUCAAUAAAUGUGACACAGAAUAAAGAAAGGAAGCCUUUUUAGAGCAACGCUAAAUAGUGGUACAUGGCAAACAAAUGACACACAAUAUAUAAUAUUCCUUUUUUCAUUCUGGGUCACAAAUAUACAAGGUGUUGCAAAAAUGGCGCACUAACGCCAUACCACUUUUUAAGAACAAACAAAUUAUAGUCGUUUUUUGGUUUUUAAUCAUUUAAGUUUAAAAAUUCGGUAACGCUGGAGGCGCGCUGUGUAUUAAGCCGAAAUAUCACACAUCUAAAACGGUUGUAAUGGAAAAACAUGGUUAACAGAUGAGUUUUUUAAGUUUGUGACAAAAAAUUAAUAAAUCGUCACCUGAGAAUUAUAGUGUUCUAUCUACAUUUUCUUUUU